AUGCCUGUGCCCCUAUCCUCCAGUGCUGCAGAGCCCGCACUCACUGCCACCACCAGACUCACGUGGCUGCCGCAGAUGAAACCCUCCAGUCCUGCCUGGAGGACUCCUAAGUCAACCCUGAUCACCCUGAGGCGGUCUCAACCAUCGAACUCUGAAGCAGGGGCCUUUCCCUUGGGCUAUAUGAGGGCGGGAGCGGGGGGAGCAUUUCCAUUUAUUCUAAUUGACGAAUACUACCCUCCAUUAUUAGAGUUUGCUGCUGUGUCCUUCCCGGGACUUGUAAACUACUUGACUCUCCUUCCCUCUGACCCAUCAACAAUUGAAGCAUCAAAUUUUCAAACAAACAGGAAGACCCGGUUCAUCAUCCACGGCUUCAUAGACAAGGGAGAAGAGAGCUGGCUUUUGGAGAUGUGCAAGAACAUGUUCGCGGUGGAGGAGGUGAACUGCAUCUGCGUGGACUGGAAGAAAGGCUCCCAGACCACGUACACACAGGCCGCCAACAACGUGCGGGUGGUGGGUGCCCAGGUGGCCCAGAUGAUCAGCAUGCUCUCGACAAACUAUAGCUACUCUCCUUCCCAAGUCCACCUCAUCGGCCACAGCCUGGGAGCCCACGCGGCGGGAGAGGCUGGGAGCAGGACUCCAGGCCUGGGCAGAAUUACAGGGUUGGAUCCUGUAGAAGCAAGCUUCCAGGGUACUCCUGAAGAGGUUCGGCUCGAUCCCUCUGAUGCUGACUUCGUUGACGUGAUCCAUACAGAUGCAGCAGCCCUGAUCCCAUUCCUGGGUUUUGGAACAAAACAGCUGUUAGGUCACCUCGACUUCUUCCCCAACGGAGGGGAGGAAAUGCCAGGAUGCAAGAAGAAUGCCCUGUCACAGAUCGUGGACCUCGAUGGCAUCUGGGAAGGGACUCGGGAUUUUGUGGCUUGCAAUCACCUGAGAAGUUACAAGUAUUACUCGGAGAGCAUCCUCAACCCCGAUGGGUUCGCUUCCUACCCCUGCGCUUCCUACAAGGCCUUUGAGUCUAACAAGUGCUUCCCCUGCCCGGAUGAAGGCUGCCCACAGAUGGGCCACUAUGCUGAUAAAUUUGCUGGCAGGACGAGCGGCGAGCCACAGAAAUUCUUCCUGAACACAGGAGACUCCAGCAAUUUUGCUCGCUGGAGAUACGGAGUUUCUAUAACACUGUCUGGAAAAAUAGCCACUGGUCAGGUCAAAGUUGCUUUGUUUGGAAAUAAGGGAAACACUCACCAAUUCGAUGUCUUCAGGGGGAUUCUCACACCAGGCUCUACCCAUUCUAAUCAGUUUGAUGCAAAGCUUGAUAUUGGAACCAUUGAGAAAGUCAAGUUUCUUUGGAACAACAACGUGAUAAACCCAACCUUCCCCAAAGUGGGUGCAGCCAAGAUCACCGUCCAAAAGGGAGAGGAGAAAACAGCGCACAACUUCUGCAGCGAAAGCACUGUGAGAGAAGACGUUCUCCUCACCCUCAUGCCCUGUUAA